AUGUACCUCUUCCUCCUCCUCAGAAUGCUUCAUCUCUCCCCUCUCCUCCUCCUCCUCCCCCUCUUCCUCAUCCUCUUCCGCCAACACCAUCACCACCAGCUUUCUCUUUCCUCCUCCUCAUUCCUUCUCCCUAGAUCAUCGGAUUGCAUGAAGGACUUCAUGGCAUUUCGAAACUUCUUCCUCAGCUCCAUCACAAGGUAUCACAAGAUUUCCUUUGCUCGCUUGCAUCCCCUCGAGGCAGCAGCUGAGAUGUGCUACGCCCGACAUCAUCGACUCUUUAUGAGUCGAGUAGAGUACCAGCUCGAGACCAGAGAAGUUCUUCGACUCAACAGGAGGAUGAGGACAGUAAAGACAUUCUUGCGCAUCGUCAAACAGAACCUUCGUCCUCCUGCUCUUAUCAUCAUCCACAGAGCUCCUGCGAUUUUCUCGUUGCCUCUCGCACAUCACGCCAGGCACGUCGAAGAAGAAGUGAAGGAGGCGCUCAGAGGACUGCGGCGAUCUCCUCAGGAUGUGAAGAUUGUACAGCAGGCGAAUCCUCCUCCCAGCAAGAAGCGCAUCUAG